GAGGAAUACGGGUCUGUGCCGAUGCUGGAGCGUCACAGCCUGGAGCAUAUGGUCAGUGUGCUGAUGCCAAACGCUGCCAAGGCCUACAAGCGGCGCAAGAUGAACAAUAUUCCCGCUACCACUGUCGAAUCUGAGGUCACCGUUGAGGAUAUGGACGCUGAGGAGACGCCAGCUACCACUCUCCUACCAGAAGACAAUUGCCGUUUCAUUCCGCCACUACCUGACUCUGACGACACCCCUCCUCCUCCUCCUCCACCACCUCCUCCGCCUCCUCCCGAGGAGGGGGAGAUUCCCUCCUCACCAUCCUCACCUGGACCGCCUCCUGAGAUCAACUCAUCCAAUGAGGAGGCUUCUCAGCUGAAUGAGGAGGUAUCUCAGCCAGCAACCAGCACUCAGCUGAAUGAGGAAACCUCACAGCCCGCUACCAUUGAAGAUGCCUCAAAUAUUUCCAAUGUGGAGAGCCAGGACUCGCUCUCUGAGCGAACUGGAAGACCGUAAACGCGAACUGAUGAACCAGCUGCACGAAUCUAG